CGCCGAGCUGGGCCAAUCAUCUUGGUAGAAGAAGCUCGGCUGAUUCUCGGCUCACACGGGAGGGGAGUAAAAGGUGGUGUUCCGGGACUGGAGUUCAGUGGGUGCAGCCUGCUUGCGAGGUGAGGCCAGCCAGUGGGGCACCUGCGGACGGAUAAGGAGGAACAUUCCAGGCCGAGACGCCCUCAUCAGCAGAGUCACAGGAGUUUUGGAAGUGAGAGAAAAGAAAGGUUGAUUACAAACAGGACCAUAUUUUGCUUCGAAAUGGAACCAGCAGUUAGCGAGCCAAUGAGAGACCAAGUCGCACGGACUCAUUUGACAGAGGACACUCCCAAAGCGAGUUCUGACAUAGAAAAUGUUAACCAGAAUCAGGCCAAGAAAUGCACAGUGAUCGGGGGCUCUGGAUUCCUGGGGCAGCACAUGGUGGAGCAGUUGCUGGCAAGAGGAUAUACUGUCAGUGUAUUUGAUAUCCGGCAAGGGUUUGAUAAUCCCCAGGUGCAAUUCUUUCUGGGUGACCUCUGCAGCCGGCAGGAUCUGUACCCAGCUCUGAAAGGCGUAAACACAGUUUUCCUCUGUGCAUCACCCCCAUCAUCCAGUAACAACAAGGAACUCUUUUAUAGAGUGAAUUACUUUGGCACCAAGAAUGUCAUUGAAACUUGCAAAGAGGCUGGGGUUCAGAAACUCAUUUUAACCAGCAGUGCCAGCGUCAGCUUUGAGGGCGUCGAUAUCAAGAACGGAACUGAAGACCUUCCCUAUGCCAUGAAACCCAUUGACUACUACACAGAGAGUAAGAUCUUACAGGAGAAGGUAUGUACCUUGGAACUGGUUGAGUGAGCAGACUGAAGGGUUUAGAAUCCUAAGAAAAAUGUUUAUGAACUUAUGAAGUUCAUAUUCUGAGGCCUACGUACCUGACUUGAGAUGUAAAAUUUGUGGGUGAAAUUAAAUUUAAAAA